GAUCCAGACAUGGCCUUUGCACUACUUGCCCAUGCAAAGCUUUUGAACUGUUUGCUGUCACUGGUAGGCUGUUCUGCUGCUGCUUAUGUGGAUGAGCCCAGCCUAAGCAAGAGUGAUGAUGAGGCUGUUGUCUCUUCAGAAGAUAUGAGGCUACAUGUUUUCACACUGGACUAUGACUAUGUGCAAAUUCCCUGCGAGGUUACUCUUUGGAUCCUCCUUGCUUCUCUUGCAAAAAUAGGUUUCCAUCUCUAUCACCGAUUACCAAGACUCAUGCCUGAAAGCUGCAUCUUAAUUGCCAUUGGAGCACUAGUAGGAGCUAUCAUCUUUGCUUCUCAUCAUAAAUCUCCGCCAGUGAUGAAUACGAGUAUUUAUUUCUUGUAUCUCCUUCCGCCCAUUGUCCUGGAGGAGGGCUAUUUCAUGCCAACUCGCCCAUUUUUUGAGAACUUUGGAUCCAUCUUGUGGUGGUCUGUGCUGGGAUCUCUGCUAAAUUCAUUUGGAAUUGGUCUCUCCCUCUACGGAAUCUGCCAGAUUGAAGCCUUUGGCCUGACUGACCUGAACCUGCUGCAGAACCUUCUCUUUGGGAGCAUGAUUUCAGCGGUGGAUCCUGUGGCAGCCCUGGUAGUUUUUGAAGAAGCCUCUGUUAAUGAGCAGCUUUACAUGAUGAUUUUUGGAGAGUCAUUGCUAAAUGACGGCAUAACUGUGGUUUUAUAUAACAUCUUCAUCGCCUUCAUCCAGAUGCACAAGUAUGAAGAAAUUGAAUCCAUUGAUAUCUUCGCUGGCUUUGCUCGCUUCUUUGUGGUGGGGCUGGGUGGCAUGCUGUUUGGCAUCGUCUUUGGAUUUGUUUCAGCGUUCAUGACUCGAUUCACCCGCAAUGUUUCUGCUAUUGAACCCCUGCUAGUCUUCAUGUUCAGCUACCUGUCGUACUUAUCUGCUGAAACCCUUUACAUCUCAGGCAUUUUGGCGAUGACAGCGUGUGCAGUGACGAUGAAAAAAUACGUGGAAGAGAAUGUUUCCCAGAAUUCCUACACCACCAUAAAAUAUUUCAUGAAGAUGCUGAGCAGCAUCAGCGAGACCCUGAUUUUUGUUUUCAUGGGAGUGUCUACAGUGGGGAAAAACCACGAGUGGAGCUGGGCCUUCGUUUUCUUCACUCUGCUCUUCUGCCUAAUUUGGAGGACACUGAGUGUAUUUGCCCUCUUCUACAUCAGUAACAAGUUCCGAACAUACCCCUUCACUUUCAAAGACCAACUCAUUAUUUCUUACAGUGGCCUUAGAGGAGCCAGCAGCUUCUCUCUUGCAUUCUUACUUCCAGUGAAUCUCUUCCCAAGAAGAAAACUGUUCAUUACUGCUACUCUUGUAGUUAUAUAUUUCACUGUGUUCAUCCAGGGAAUCACAAUUGGACCACUGGUCAGAUAUCUAGAUGUUAAAAAGACCAACAAAAAGGAGUCUAUCAAUGAAGAAAUUCAUGUGCGAUUGAUGGAUCACUUUAAGGCUGGUGUUGAAGACAUAUGUGGACAUUGGAGUCAUUAUCAACUAAGAGAUAAAUUUAAAAAGUUUGACAAUAAGUAUUUGAAGAAGAUCUUAAUUCGGGAACACCAGCCCAAAUCCAGCCUUGUGUCAUUGUACAAAAAGAUGGAGAUUAAACUGGCCAUCGAGAUGGCUGAGAGUAGCAUGAAAGUUUCAAAAUCAUCCACAGCAUCUUUACAGAGAGGUAGAAAUCGACGUGUGCAUAGGCUCUCCCCCGCAGAGGUGGAGUCCAUGAGAGACGUCCUGGCACAUAAUCUAUAUCAAGUGCGACAAAGGGCACCAGCAUACAACCGACACAACCUGCCUGCCAACACAAAUGAGAAACAAGCCCAAGAAAUUCUCAUCCGUCGGCAGCACAGCCUGCGGCAGAGCUGCAGGAAGGGACACAGCUUACCUUCAUGUAGACCGGCACCUGCUAGCGGCAUGGAAGUACACUACUUCUCUUUGCCUCAGGGCCCCAGCCAGCAUGCUAGACGAAAAGCCAGGCAUGUUACUUUUACAGAUCACCACAGAAAUGGCUCUAAUACUGGAGUUCCAGUAAUGUCUAGAGCCCAGCCCCAACUGCGUCCACUUGAAGCAAAGCAUCACCAGGAGGAGCUGAUUCCAAUGGUACACUUGGACAGACAAGCAGGCCCUCCCAAUCCAUCAGAUCAAAGAGGAAAUUCAAGCAACCGGCAUCAUUUCACCAAAGCAGACAAUCUAGUUCUGAUGCCAAAGUCACAAUUCACUGUGGGAGAAGUAGAGGGGUAUGAGUCAGAAGAGGAGACAGAAGCAAUGGCACCAGCCAGGCCAUUAGCCAUAUGAGGAGCAGAGAAGAGCAAUGUUUCAUCCCUAGGGUCCUUUGUGCACUGCUUCAGAGAAACAAAACUCUUACAUGAACCAAACCACAAUUUUACUUCUGGGACCAGUGCACUUCUUCUUGUAUCACUUUCAAGUACUGUAUCAAGGUAUACUGAUAACAUACUUAAUAGCCUAGAGAAGACUCAAAUUCUUAUGUUUAAGCUAAGCUUUCUUUCCAACCAAACACUGCAGGAAAGAGAGGAACAUGAUCUUUGUAAAAGUUUGGACAUGUAGAUGGGCACAUGCAAUGUUAUGGAUGGAAGUUUAUAUUGCCUUCCUCUGUUCUUCACUAUGGCCUACAUCCAGAAGAAGGAAACAUGAAGGACAUGCCUGGCACAUAA